CCCCUUUUUUUAUUUUUUUAACUCAAAUGGGUGAUGAAAAGGAUUCUUGGAAAGUGAAAACUUUAGAUGAAAUUCUUCAGGAAAAAAAACGAAGGAAGGAGCAAGAAGAGAAGGCAGAGAUAAAGCGUAUGAAAAAUUCAGAUGAUAGGGAUUCAAAGCGGGAUUCUCUUGAAGAGGGGGAGUUGAGAGACCACCGCAUGGAAAUCACCAUCAGAAACUCACCUUACAGGAGGGAAGAUUCUAUGGAAGACAGAGGAGAAGAAGAUGAUUCCUUGGCUAUAAAACCACCACAGCAAAUGUCACGGAAGGAGAAAACCCAUCAUAGAAAAGAUGAGAAGAGGAAAGAGAAACGCAGACAUCGUAGUCACUCAGCAGAAGGGAAACAUGCCAGAGUGAAAGAGAAAGAACGGGAACAUGAGCGUAGGAAGAGACAUAGAGAAGAGCAGGAUAAAGCUCGACGAGAAUGGGAAAGACAGAAACGGAGAGAGAUGGCAAGGGAGCAUUCCAGGAGGGAGAGAGACCGUCUGGAGCAGCUGGAGCGAGAACGGGAGAGGAAAAUCCGAGAGCAGCAGAAAGAGCAAAGGGAGCAGAAAGAACGAGAGAGGAGAGCUGAGGAGAGGCGCAAGGAGCGGGAAGCCAGGAGAGAAGUUUCUGCUCACCAUAGAACAGUGAGGGAAGAAUAUGGAGACAAAGUAAAAAUGAGACCCUGGAGUCGCAGCCCAUUACGACAGCAGAGAGACAAGCUUGAGCAAGCAGAUAGCAGGAAACCAGUAAAAGAAGAGAAACCAGAAGAGAGAGAUCCCCUUUCAGACUUGCAGGACAUCAGUGACAGCGAGAGGAAAACCAGCUCAGCAGAGUCCUCAUCAGCAGAAUCUGGAUCAGGCUCAGAAGAGGAGGAGGAAGAAUCCAGCAGUGAAGGUUCUGAGGAAGAGGGAGAGGAAGAGGAGGAGGAGGAGGAGACCGGAAGCAAUUCUGAGGAAGUGUCUGAGCAGUCAGCUGAAGAGGUGAGCGAAGAAGAAAUGAGUGAAGAGGAGGAACGGGAGAAUGGAAACCACAUCCCAGUUGUUACAGAGUCGAGGUUUGACCGAGAUUCAGCAGGAAGCGAAGUGGAAGAGGAGGAGGUAGGGGAGGGUACUCCUCACUCCAAUGCCAUGACGGAAGGAGACUAUAUCCCUGACUCACCAGCUUCUUCCCCCAUUGAGCUGAAACAGGAGCUGCCCAAGUACCUCCCUGCACUUCAGGGCUGUCGCAGCGUGGAGGAAUUUCAGUGUUUGAACAGGAUUGAAGAAGGAACAUAUGGUGUGGUGUACAGGGCAAAGGACAAGAAGACAGAUGAAAUUGUGGCUCUGAAGCGACUGAAAAUGGAAAAGGAAAAGGAAGGCUUUCCCAUUACUUCUCUGAGAGAAAUAAACACAAUUCUGAAAGCACAGCAUCUGAAUAUUGUCACAGUCAGAGAAAUUGUGGUAGGCAGCAAUAUGGAUAAGAUCUAUAUAGUCAUGAACUAUGUGGAACAUGAUCUCAAGAGUCUGAUGGAAACAAUGAAGCAACCAUUCCUGCCAGGUGAAGUGAAGACCUUGAUGAUCCAGUUACUGCGAGGAGUCAAACACCUGCACGACAACUGGAUCCUGCACCGGGACCUGAAAACUUCCAACCUGCUGCUCAGUCACUCAGGCAUUUUAAAGGUUGGAGACUUUGGACUAGCCCGAGAGUAUGGCUCCCCACUGAAGCCCUACACACCAGUGGUUGUGACACUUUGGUACAGGGCUCCAGAGCUGCUGCUUGGAGCUAAGGAAUACUCAACAGCAAUAGACAUGUGGUCAGUGGGCUGCAUAUUUGGAGAGCUGUUAACACAGAAACCUCUCUUUCCUGGCAAGUCAGAAAUUGACCAGAUCAACAAAGUGUUUAAGGAUCUGGGGACUCCAAGUGAAAAAAUCUGGCCUGGUUACAACGAGCUGCCAGCAGUUAAGAAGAUGACCUUCACAGAAUACCCCUACAACAACCUCCGCAAGAGAUUUGGAGCCCUCCUCUCUGAUCAGGGCUUUGAUCUGAUGAACAACUUUUUGACAUACUACCCAGCCAGAAGGAUCACUGCUGAGGAUGGUUUGAAGCAUGAGUAUUUCCGGGAGACUCCGCUGCCCAUUGACCCCUCCAUGUUUCCCACCUGGCCAGCAAAGAGCGAACAGCAGCGGGUGAAGCGUGGCACCAGCCCCAGGCCGCCCGAGGGAGGCCUUGGGUACAGCCAGUUGGGUGAUGAUGAUCUGAAGGACACAGGUUUUCACCUGACCACCACUAACCAAGGAGCAUCUGCUGCAGGACCUGGUUUCAGCCUCAAGUUUUAAGCUCAGCAUGGAGGAGAGGAAGAAAAGCCAAGCCCAAACUGUUCACGUGAGUGGAUUUCUGAGUGCCCCACUUCUGCCCUUCACACCAGGGGCACUCAGUGUGUUUCACAGGGGAGAAUGUCAGCUGGCAGCAGAUGCAAAGGCUCUUGCUGGCUGUGGAGUUUAACUGCUGCAUUCCAUUAGAGGACUAGAAUUACCCUGAAAAGCCAAGGAUCAUUACAGAAUUCACAGGAAAACUUGAAGUACAAUCCUGGAAUGGUUUGUUUGCAUUUUAG